AUGCCGAGAUCGAGAUCGACGCGGCUGAGAUGGAGAGCUGGGAGAGUCGGCCCACGGGUGCCGCCGUCGGUGUACGGGCGCCUGGAGCGGAACGAGCCGUCGGCAUGGGAGAAGACGCGGACGGCGCAUAUCGUGCCGCCCACGGAGCGGGCCAUGGACGACGAGGGCGCGGUAGAGAUCGAAGAAGUCCUGUCUCUGCUCAACCAAGGGGGAGGAAGCGCGACGAUUCUCGAGGACGACGAGCCAGAGUCAAUCGAGGUAGACGAGGCGCGUGGUCAGAGCGGCGACGAGGCUAAUCACGAUGCGGAGACGAUCAACGAGGUAACCUCGUCGGGAAUGUUUGCGUUAGACGGGCCGCCCGACGUCGCCGACGUGGAUAAAUUGCGCUUCGCAUGUGAUGCCGUCCGCGAAGGGGCGGGCGACGACGGCGGCGCGGGUCCGAGGACCCUCCUUUUCGCGAAGACCUUUCCCACGCUGUUGCCAUUUGGCGUCGGAGGGCCGCGACCGGUCGAAGAAGCAGCCGUACAACUAGGCAGAGGCACCGCCGACAUACGCGAGCGGGAGGCCGCGACGCGAGAGCUCGUGUCGUCUCGGAACAUGAGCCUUCGGACCUGGGCCGACACGGUGUUACGACGCCACGGUGGCCGGUUCGCGACGCACCACAUCUUCGCCUUCCUCGUCUUUAAUAUAGGCGUGCGGUCGAGGAACCGCCGCGUCAGCAUGCUAAGCGUGACGAGGAAGAACUUCCGCAAGGUGGAGCGCAUCGUACGGUCGCUAACCGCGGACGGAUUGGCGGCGGCCAGGGCCGAGCUAGAGAGCACAGGCAAGACGACCGAUGAUGCGGUGAAGGAGCUGCUCAGGAGCCUUUCGCUGUAUGGGUAUCGUCAGCCCAUGUCGAGGGAGGUCCGUCUCGGGAUGCGGCAUAGGAUCCUGGCGCUCAUCGUCCGUUACGGCGUGCCCGCCAUCUGGUUCACGAUCAACCCAAACGACAUCACGAAUCCGGUAAAGCUCCGACUAGCAGCGUACCGCGCGCGCGACCCCGAAGCGGCCGAGGAGUUCCUACGAAGCCUCGAUAAGGCGUUCAAACGUGUGCGGCUGUCCGUGUCCGACCCGAUGAGCUCGGCCGUCUUCUUCCACCGCGAGAUGACGCUGUUCUUCGAGCAUUACGUCAAUGCCGGGGGGGAGUCGGUCUUCGGCCGCGUCAGCCAGUAUUAUGGCGCCGUGGAAACGAACGAGCGAGGCUCCCUCCACGUGCACGGGCUGCUCUGGCUCGAGGGAAACGCCCACCUCAGCUCGAUGCUUGCCGACUCAGACGGCGGGGAACAAGCGGCAUACCGCGAGCGAAUCGUCCGCUACGUCGAUAGUGUCUUCAGCGAGGACCUGGACCAGGAAGGGUUCUGCGCCGUCGAGGCAGAGCGUUCGGUGACGUCCGAUAUCUCGUCCCUGCUGAACAGGGCCGAUCAGUUCUCGGCCUCCAAGGGGCGGAAGGGCGCCGACCUCUGUCGCUUUAAGGCACCGUGGGAGCGGGUCGAGGAGACGACCCUGUCAGCGGACGGCGUGCUGCGGAUCCGCAGAACACAUCCCAUGGUGAACCGGUGGAACAAGGCCAUCGCCGUCGGGCUCCGUCACAACCACGACAUUUCCUUUAUAGCGACGCAGCGGAAGACCAUGGCGCUCGUCUACUACGUGACCAAUUACGCGACUAAGGUGGAGGACCCGACGUGGAAGCGCGUCGCCGCCGCCGCCGAACUGCUGCCCGUCGUGUCGGCCGGUAGUCAGCCGGGUGCCGGGGAUGACACGCGGCAGUUUCUCAUGAGAGUGGCGAAUCGGGUGUUCACGGAGCGGGCGCUGUCGCAAGUCGAGGUCGUCGCCCAUCUGCUGGGACACCCGAGCGAGUUCUCGGGAAGCAGCGCCUGGGCGUACCUGAACGUGUCGGUGCUAUACUGGCACGUCUCGAGGCUCUGGCGACACCUUCGGCAGCAGAGCGGCACCGCGGCGGUCGAAGACGUGUCCGUCGCGGACGAGUCGGUCGUCGUCGAACAAGCAGGCGAGAGGAUCAGUUUCGCCGAGGCCUAUCAUCAUCGCGGACAUGUCCUACGAGGCUUGUGCCUAUACGACUAUGUUUCGCUCGUCAGGCUCCAACGCGUCGGCAAGGCCGGCUGCUCCGGCGGCUGGGGAGAGGUGCCGUUCGAGAGCGGCUGGGUGGCCGGUAAAGACUGGGUCCAGGUGCUAAGGCGGCCGGAAAGACGACGAGGAAUCGGCUCAUCGCAGGGCUGCCGUCCAGCAUCUUGCGCUAUUUGUGCCGUGGAAGCCUUUCUCGGCGAAGAAGAAGGGACAUCAAUGAGAUAUGGAGGCGGGCGCGAGCUGCUUCCGCCGAGAAUCUCGUGCCUCGUCGACAACGUUCAACUGCUCCGGCGGUCCGCCGAGGACGCGAGGCGAGACGCCAAGCAGUGGGCGGCCUCGGGCGGCGCCGGGGAUUGCGCCGGCGCUCUCGGCGAGGCGGGGGGGGGGGGGGGGGGGGGGCGACACCCGGGGGACGACGACGCGGCCUCGGCGUACCAGGCCGACAACGGCGGAAAGGCAACGCGACUAAUCGACGUCGUCCGAAGCGCGGCCGGGGCGAACCAGAUCACGGCGGGAUCGCGCGAGCUCGGGAACGGGGCGGAGGCGCAUCGACUUGCCGGGGCGGGUCUUUUCCGGGGCCGCGGUGCCGCCGCAGGACCAGGUCAAGGCCAUCAAGUCGCAGCAGACGAGCGCCUCGAGGGAGAGGUGAAGAUGAUACAGGGUAUACAAAGCAUGGCCACGGCCCACGGCACCGAUCGUGGCGCGGCGGAGCGGAGUGUGCUGACCGGCUUCGGCGAGGAAGGCGUGCAGAUAACGGCGGCGGAAGCCGAGGAGACGGCGGCCAUCGCCUUGUCCAUAAUAUGCCGCCACCUUGACUUGAUGCGGCGAGGAGACGGAGGGGGCGACGUCAGCCAGCUCUGUCAGUUCGUCGGCGGCGAGGGCGGUACCGGCAAGUCGCGCGUCAUCGAAGCACUCGCGGAGCGGUUCGUCGACGGCGAGUCCCGCAUGGACUGGCAGGACAAGGAGGUGCUCGUCAUCGACGAGGUAAGCAUGCUCGGCGCGCGCACGCUGCACGCCGUCAACGAGCGGCUCUGCCAGCUGCGGGGGUCGCAGCGGGACUUCGGCGGGAUCCCCAUCGUCCUCUUCUGCGGGGACUUCCACCAGUUCCGCCCGGUCCAGGAAAGGUCGAUCCUACUGCCGAGCUCGGCCGUCUCGUGGGACGAGGACUACUCGUUCAGGGCCGAGCAGCGCCACCAGCACGACAAGGCGCACGCGCUGUGA